AUGUUUGAAGAACUUUCCUACAUCCAAAUCGCCUUUUUAACUUUCCAGGCUAUCUUUGAAGUCGUCCUCGUUUGUUUGGCUGGGUUCAUUGCUGCAAAGGUCAAUUUGUUGAAUCCCACUGCCCAGUUAAAUAUAUCGCAGCUAAAUAUUGAUUUGUUCACUCCAUGUUUGAUCUUUGCAAAACUCGCCCCUCAACUAUCCUUCAAGACUCUCGCCGAGUUGGCAAUAAUUCCAGCUUUCUAUGCUAUCUCAACUGCUAUAUCCGUUGCUUCUUCCAAAUUGGUCUCUUAUUGUUAUGCCUUCAAUGCUCCUGAAACAAAUUACGUUAUUGCAAUGUCUGUCUUUGGGAACUCCAACUCCUUGCCUGUUUCCUUGACACUCGCUCUAGCUUACACUUUGCCUGACUUGAAAUGGGAUUCAUUCAUCAAAGACGACAAUGCUGACAAAAUUGCUGGUAGAGGUCUACUUUACUUGGUUAUUUUUCAACAGUUGGGCCAGGUUUUAAGGUGGUCUUGGGGUUAUAAUAUUCUAUUAAAAAAAAGAGACCACAAUGAGAUUUACCGAGAUCUAAACUGCAUCAUUUAUUCAGAUAACCCUAAUAAUAAUAAUAAUAAUAAUAAUAAUAAUAAUAAUAAUAAUAAUAAUAAUGAAAUGGACUCUCCAAACUACAAUGACAACAGUGUCAUUCUUUAUUCUAAUGACAACACAAAUCCUUCAGUGAUCCGAAAAAUCGGCUACUUUUUCCAAAAUUUAUUUUACUCCUUUCUAGAAUUUAUGAACCCUCCAUUAUAUGCAAUGCUUUUUGCUGUCAUUGUCGCGCUUUUCAAACCUAUUCAAGACGAAUUUUACCAAAAUGACGGUUUCGUUCAAAACACCAUAUCCCUUGCCAUCACACAACUAGGAGAAGUCUCCAUCCCUCUAUUGCUAGUUGUCUUGGGUGCUAAUUUAUGUCCAUCCAACGAAGUUCAACCUGCAUCCCCUCAUCACAAUAAACUAAUCGUUGCUUCUCUACUCUCUAGAAUGAUCAUCCCACCAUUAUUAUUACUACCCUUCAUUGCAAUGUGUGUAAAAUAUUUGCCAGUAUCCAUCCUUGACGAUCCAAUCUUUCUAAUAGUUGCCAAUUUAUUAACAAUAGCUCCCCCGGCUAUUCAACUAUCUCAAAUUUGUCAAAUCAACCAAAUAUACGAGAAAGAAAUGGCAGGUGUGUUGUUUUGGGGCUACGUUGUAUUAACUUUACCUACCACCAUCUUUGUUGUUGUAGCAAGUAUCGAGAUUCUCCAAUGGGUUUAA